AUGGGUCAAACACCUCCAUCCUCCUCCACUCUUUUACCAACCACAGGAACAGGAACAACAACAAAUCGUGUCACUCAAAAUAUUGAACUACAAACGAAACAUCAAAUUCCGAAUGUGGGUGGUGUGGCCGGAGCAACUUUGAUUGCAUCCACGAUCAAUUCCAUGUCCUCGGGCGGUGGCACUUCUUCCAAUGUCACACAAUCAGCAACAAAUCCACAACAACUUCAACCCGUUUCAAAUUAUUUAAAUAAUGUUUCUCUGUAUAAUGCAAAUCCAAAUUUGGGAUAUGCUAACACUCCAACGUCGGAUCCGUUUCGAUUGGUCAUUAAACAAUUUGCUGACAUGUUGAGACCGUCUUCGUUGAGUGUAUCACCAGUAGUGUCCACACAAGAAGGAUUUACAAGUGUGGCAUUGAAAUUGGAUGAAAUUGCAAAAAUUCAUGAAGAUAUUGUCACCAAUUAUAAGAAGUAUUUAAGUUUGUUGGAAUUUUCUGGUGAACAAGAAAAAGGAAAUGUAUUAUUUGGAUCAAGUUCUGCGAAUUUUGGUGACGAGGAUGGAUUUUCCAAUGAAGCGUUUGAAAAUAUUGUGAAUGGAAUUAAAAAUCAUGUGACAUGGGCAAAAGAAUCCAUUGAGAGUUUGAUUGCAGCUUCUGAAAAUUUCGAGAGAAAGAGUUUGAAAGGAUAUCAUGCUCGAUCGCUUUCAUCUUCCAUGUCUGGAGUUGCUCCAUCUUCGAAUACAACUGUAACGAUUGAUUGGUCGACUAUUGCUAACAAGAAGAAAUAUUUUGAAAUACGAGAUGAAAUUGAAAUUUUAUUGACCUUUCAUCUCGAAGAAAUUCGAGGAUAUAGAGACAUUGUUGAAAAAUUGAAAAAAUCAGAAGCCAAAGGAGAAAUUGUGGAAGUGAGUGUCAUUAGCAUUCUAAUGCCAGAUGAGUUUGGAGCUGGAUUUUGGAAGAACAAGUGUGGAGAAAAUGUAUUUUCCAUGAAGAAGAAUGACUUUCUUGACAUUAUUGAUUUAUUCUUUCAACAAUUGAAAGAUCGUGUGAAAAAGAUUUGGGUCGAAGACUUUUCUCACAUCAUUGAUCCAACAUGUGACAAUGUUGUUUCAAUUGUAGAUUUUAAACAUGUACUGCAAUGGUUUGGACCUUUUGGAACAAGUUUCUUUGUGCCUCUCGACAAUUUUCUAAACAUGAAACAUUUCUGGGGAAGUAUUUCUGCGAUGGAAGCUCAAAUGAUUCUCGAUUCGGCAGAACCAGGGUCAUUCUUGAUUCGUUUUUCAGGGACAGACGCUGGUAGUUUUGCCAUCACUGUCGUCGAACAAGAGAGUAGUGAUAAUUUGAGUGUUGGAGAUGAAGUCACACAUUACAAACAAACGUUACAUUUUCAAUUGACACGAAAACGAGAGGAUUCCAAAAUGUAUUUCACAUUGUGUGAAUCAGAUAUGGAUCAAAAAUUCGAAACGGUAGAUGCUCUCAUCAAACAUUACCGCUUGACAUUUAAAUAUCCAUUUGUGAAUGACCAACUCAAAUUGAAAGCAAUUGAACCAGAAGAAGAGACUGACUUUUUAGGAUUUAUCAAAUCGACUCCACAAUUGAAUCGAAUCGAUGCAGAAGAUGAUACCAGCUUUAUUGAAUACAGAGGAAGAAUUCCACAAAGCCUCAAAGAAGCACAUGAACUGCAGCGAGCCAAAAUCAUUGGUGGAAACAACAAAAAAGGUUCUUCGUCCUCAGGAAAUGUCACUCCAAAAUUACCUCAUUUGCAAAAAGUGUUAUUUACUGGACUGACGUCAAAUCAAGCGUCGUCAACCAUUUCCACACCUCGUUCCUCUGCUUCUUCCUCGAGUGGUGGUGCCACAGGUGGUUCCAAUACUCCAACUUUGGUUGGUGGUGGAAAUGGCACAACCACUGGUAGUGAUAAGGGUGGAUUAACAUUGUCAUCGAUCACUCAGGUCAGUACGUCCACACCUGGAAAAUUAGCAACAUCACCACAAGAUUCCAAUCCAACCGAUCCUACUCAAUCCACUCAAAACACGGCAGUGAAUGUGAAUGAAAUUAUUUUAGAGGAAAAGUAA